ACAAGAUACGGGAAGGAUCCGGACUAAGAAACUUUCCUUCGAUUUACGUUUUUCACAUUCAGCGAACACAACGAUGGCUGCGACAUCGGAGGCGAAGACUACGGCGACAGAGCCACCGAAGAUAGUAUGGAACGAGGGGAAACACCGGUUCGAGACGGAGGAUCACGAAGCGUUCAUCGAUUACAAGAUUAGAAACAACGGAAAAGUAAUGGAUCUGGUCCACACCUACGUUCCUUCCUCAAAACGAGGGUUAGGUUUAGCUUCUCUCCUCUGCAUCGCCGCCUUCGAACACGCUUCCUCUCACUCACUCUCCAUCAUCCCUUCCUGCUCAUACGUUUCCGAUACGUUUCUUCCUAGAAACCCAACGUGGAAGCCUCUGGUUCAUUCAGAGGAUCUCAAGUCUAGCAUUUGAAAGAAGACUCGUUUUAACAUUGUUGUUAAGCUUGUGUUUCAGUGUCAGUUGCUGGUUGUUUAAUCUUCAAAACUUGUAAUCAAAAUCUGUCGGAGAUGGAAGUAUUGAAUAUGUAAUAAUGAAGUCUUUGAAUGAAUUAGUAUGACAAGAUAAUCGUUGAUUGACUGUAAUGAAGGUA